AUGGAGGAGCCCCCUUUGCGGGAGGAAGAGGUGGAGGAGGAGGAGGAGGACGAGGCCGGGCCCGAGGGGGCCCUGGGCAAGAGCCCCUUCCAGCUGACGGCCGAGGACGUGUACGACAUCUCCUACGAGGUGGGCCGCGAGCUCAUGGCGCUGGGCAGCGACCCCCGGGUGACACGGCUGCAGUUCAAGAUCGUCCGCGUCCUGGAGAUGCUGGAGGCGCUGGUGGACGAGGGCAGCCUGGCGGCCGAGGCGCUGCGGAUGGAGCGGGACAGCCUGCGGAAGGAGGUGGAGGCGCUGCGCAGAGGGGGCGCGGCGGCCGGCCCCGAGGGGAGCCUGGGACCAGACAAGAUGGUGGUGGACCUGACGGACCCCAACCGGCCGCGCUUCACGCUGCAGGAGCUGCGGGACGUGCUGCAGGAGCGCAACAAGCUCAAGGCGCAGCUGCUGCUGACGCAGGAGGAGCUGCAGUGCUACAAGAGUGGCCUGAUUCCAGCACGAGAAAGCCCAGAGGGAAGGAGAGGAAAGGACUCCGUGGUUGCCAGGGCCAGCAGCGCCAGCAGAAACAAGGAGGAGAAGACCAUCAUACGGAAGCUGUUCUCCUUCCGGUCUGGGAAGCAGCCAUAG